AACCGUGUGAAAGAUCGCUUUGCACAUCACAAUGUAAACUCGAUCUAUCAUUCGAUUCACAGAAAAUGUAUUCGAUUCAUGAAUAUGGAGCUAUUUAUACAUCGGGUUUAACUGUAUUUCGUCAGGCUGAAAAUACUGGUUAUAAAUAUAUGAAAGAACCAUUACAUAAUGUUUGUUCAUUGGCAAUGGCUGCUUAUCGAGAACCAGAUCUAGAAGAAAAAACAGGCAAAAAAAUAUCAACGCCGAAAUUUGCUGUUGGAAUACGAAAAAAAAUUGAAAAUAUGUUUUCAAUUGCUCAUCAUCAUGAACACGAUUGUCUUGUUCUAUCAGCUUUAGGUUUUAUUGAACAUUAUGGCUUUUUUGAAUUAAUUAUAUUUGCCAUUAUCGAUGAUCAUAAUACAGGAAAUAAUUUAAAUCCACAAGAUGGUUCAUCAGUGAAAGAUAUCUGUAUUUAUGAUUUACCACCAUGUCAUUUUGCUGCUAAAUGCCAAGAUAUGUACGAUCCUAACCAUAUUCAGCAAUUUUCUCAUCCACCUUUCUGUGUACAAGGUUUGAAUCAUACAUGUACACAAAACGAUGAUAUGGUUCAUAUGUCUUCAUUUAUUCAUCGACAUCCAUGUAAAGACGGUGCCAAAUGUAAAGAAAUCGAUGAUCAAAGACAUGCACAAACAAAUGAACAUCCGUCUUAUUGUCCAAAAGGUGGUAGUUGUCAAAAUACAACAGAUGAUCAUGAAAAAGCUUAUCAACAUUUACCAGAAUGUGAGCAAUCCCAUAGAUGCAGCAAAUUUAUAGCACGAAAAAAAGAUCAUUGUACUUCUUUUCGUCAUUGUAAACCACGUUGUCCACAUGGUAGCUAUUGUGUUCAUUUUCUUAACAGAACACAUAUCGAAGACUAUACACAUCCAUUUCGACAGCCAUGUCCGCUUACUCCUUAUAAUUGUGCAGUAUAUAACCGAUUUGAAAUGGUAAAAGAUCCCGGACAACUUUCAUUCGAAGAUCAUCAACAUUGUUUUCGUUUUGCUUAUGCAUGUCGAUUUGGACGAAAUUGUACAAAGGACGAUCUAGAUCAUCAAGAAAACUUCAUUCAUAUACCUCGUCUUCUUUGUCAAUAUGGUAGUCAAUGUAAAAAAAUUGCCCAAGAAGAUCAUAUAAAUUCUUUUACACAUCUAAAUAUUCGUGAUGUUCGACUCUUAUGUAAACAUGAUGAUGCAUGUCGUGAUCGUCAAGAUCGCAAUCAUUUUGCUCGAUAUCGGCAUCCAAUGAAAUUCGGAGACAGUGGCGUCGUUCGCUAUUACGAAAUUCUUGAUUGGAUACGUGUUAUUCAACCUGUUCAUCGAUGCAGUCUUGAAAUAUUCGAAUCAAUCCUACUUCAUGGUCAUGUUAUGAGUCGAGAAUAUAUGAAGCAUUUAAAAAAACCCAAAUGCGUAGCAAAUUCUGUUCUUGAACAUAAUAAAAUCCGACAAAUACCAGGUUUAAAAAGAAUAUUCGAUCAUGUUAAAAAUUACGUGACUGCUUUGGUCACUCAACAUUAUAUAAACAAUAAAUUUCUCGACUGUGACACUACGAACGGAAUGUUCACUCAAACAUCACCCAAUAAUAAUAUAUCAGAACCUCCAUCAGACGUAAUUGAUGCGGAAAGAACAUUUCUUGGAUAUAAUCUUGCAUCUCUUAACGUGGAUAUGAUUCGUGAAAACACCAUUGAAAUAGCUGAAGCUUCACUGAAACUUUCCCGAACUCUUGCUGGCAUUAGUUAUGAACAAGAUAAACGCGACAUACUUCAUCAUCCAGAUGCAAACUUUACUACACAAGCUGCAACAUCAUUCGCCAGCAGAAAAAUUUACGAAUCUCAUCCAUGGUUAGGACCUGAUCCAAAUACGGAAAAAGAUCGAAUUAAUUUAUUUCAUAAAUCGAAAUUACAUGCUUCAAUACCAGAUUAUAUUGAGCAUAUUUACAUGACAGAGGACAUUCACACAUCGCUUAGUACAAAUGCUCGUAACACUAUUGACAAGUUUUUCAAAAAUUGUAUCACGAUAGAAAAUAAAAAUGAUGAUGAAUAUAGUAAAUUUGUUAUUGACAAAUUGGUGGAAAAAUUUAGUCAUAGUGCACUUGAUUCAAUUUCAAGACCUAUUCAGGGUAUUGUUAUGACAAUCGAAUCAACUAAUCUUAAAAAUCAUUACCUCUUGCCUUUGACAAUUUCACAAGCAUAUGCACAAUACCAAAUUAAACAUCCAAAAGCAUCAGUUAAUUGUAAAAUUUAUAUCUAUUGGCAAGUAAUGAAUGGUGAUAUGAUGUUAACAUUGUCGAAUAAACAAAUUGAUCCAAACAAGGUACAAAACGAACUGAAAUGUUUAAUUUGUUAUAUUGCUCCAAAACCCAUAUUAAAUGAUUCAACGUAUCACGAACAAACAUCAUAUUUAAAUAGUGCUCAUCCAUUUCAACAUCAAAAAUUUAUUGAUAGGAAAACAUAUGCAGCUAAAUCAACAACAUUUUAUGUCGAAUGUAAUACUGAUGAUUUAAUGACGUUUUGCCUUGAAAUUGAUCGUUCGAAUGGAAUGGUCACUCUUUCACAUGCCGGUCCUAAUUCAAUAUACAAUCAUGAAAAAAUUUCUUGUGAAUUUUCGAAAAACGUUAAUUUAGCUGAUUUAGAAUAUAUUCAUGUCAGUGCUGGUGCUCAAGCAUUACCAAUACGAAAUCUGAUCGUCUGUUUCGAGAAGCAAUAUGAUUUACAUGCAACAUUUGAUGAAAAAUUUGCAAAAGCUACUACAGUCUCAACUAAUAAACCAGCCAAUGAUGGACAAGUUUUAACAGUUAAUACAAGCAAUAAUGCAUCAUCAUCCGCUACAACCGAUAAUCAAACACCAAAAUCACUGAGCCUUUAUACUCGCGUUAAAAAUACUGCAGAAGCAUUUCUUUUUGGUGAUCCUAACUCAAAAUUCAAACCAUGUCCUGAUGGCAUUUACUAUCUUACACAAUUUUCUGAAAAUGGACCUAAUCACAAUGAAAAAUAUUCACAUCCAUGUCGAUUUGCUCAUCAAUGUCGAGAACCAGAAGAAAAUUUAACACAUGAACCUCAUCAAGUACCCGACUGUCCAUCGGAUAGAAAUUGCAAGCAUUUAAUUAAUCCUAUUCAUCGAUCUCAAUUUCAUCAUACAGGUUGGCCGUAUUUUCUUAUACCAUGUAACAAUCAAUGUAAAUGUAAAAACAAAUCAAAAAAUCAUCUGAUCAAAUACUCGCAUGGUGAAAGAGUUAACGAACCAAAACGAAUAGAAGAAUCGCAAGCUGCUUCAACUGAUCAACCAUCACAGAAUGAUCAAAAUUUUCCGAAAGCAAAUAUAGAUAGUAAACAACAAACACAAUGUAAAUGGGGUGCACAAUGCAGAGAUAUUUCUAAGCCCGAUCAUUGUAAACAAUUUUCUCAUUCAACUGUUACUCAACAGAACGAUAACAACAGUAAACAACAAACACAAUGUAAAUGGGGUACACAAUGCAGGGAUAUUACUAAGCCUGAUCAUUGCAAACAAUUUUCUCAUCCAACUAUUACUCAACAGGCUUCAGUGCGUUUCAGUGCGUUUUAUCAAUAUCAUAUUAUUAUUGAGGCGGUGAAUAGCAUGGAUAAAGACUUUUUUACUAUUGCAGCUCGAGAGUUGAAUGGCGUGUUGAGAAGGGAUGCAAGUUUCUCAACUAUGUAA